AAUUCGAUGAACACAAUUUUCGAGUACGUACUUCUUCACACUAAAUCAAGUCGUAUGGCAUGAACAGCACGUGCAAUAUUGACGUCUAAAGCUUGAAGAGAGUCUGGUUUAUUGUUAAAGACCAAUGAUUUCAAAUAAGCGAACAAGAAGUAGUCUAAUGGUGCUAAAUCACAACUUCUUGGAGGCCACACAAUUUCUUGAAAUUGUCGAAUCUCCAAACUUUUCUCGCAAUAAUUCGAUUGUUUCAUCUGCUCUGUGGCGCGUAGCCCCGUCUUGUUAGAACCAAAUGUUGUCAAGAUCAACCUUUUCUAAUUGUGACCAUAAAAAGUUGUUAUCAUCGAUCUAUAAUGCUAUCUAUUGACAGUAACGGUGUCAGCAGCUUCAUUUCGAAAGAAGUACGGACCAAUGAUUCCACCAGACUAAAAUCCACAUCAAAUUGUCAAUUUAGGUGAAUGUAAUCGUUACUCAUGAAUAUGUAAUUUGUGAAUUUUUUUCGCACCAGAAUCGACAAUUUUGUUUAUUUACCACACCACUCAGAUGAAAGUUAGCCUCAUCGGAGAAGAUGAUUUUCUUAAAAAAAAUCGUUAUCGUUUUCAAGUUGUUUCAAAGCAAAAUCAGCAAAUUCACGACGUUAACGGUGGUCCAAUGACUUCAGUUCUGGAGUGAGAACAAUUUUGUACGGAUGCAAGCCCAACUCAUUACUCAAAAUCCGCCAGGUUGUACUUGUAGUUUGAGACAGUCCCAAUUCUUGAGAACAUUUUGAAAUCGACAAAUUGCGAUCUUCAGCAACACUAGCCUGAAUAUUUUCAGAAUCGAAAUCGGACUACAACCACAUCUACUAUAUAGCACAAUUUUAAAUUUCAUAUGAUUCAUUCACUUUCCAGUACACAAAUCAAUCAACAAUAAAUAUAUUUGGAUAAAACUUUGCACAAAUGGUGACUUUGAGGUAUCCUUGCACUUUGCAAGCGUAUAAAAUGCUCGGUUUCACCCGGACUUGUUUGGUUACGGAUUAGUGUCAAAUUUAGUCAGUGUGUUCAGGAAGGUUUGCCAUUUCAUCGUAAUUUGUUUUACUUUGGAACAACGCUUAAAAAUUGUCCAAGGUUACUGCGUGUAGUAAGGAUUAUUAAUGGGCUUGAAAACGACUCAUGCGGAUCUAACAGUUGCGAAGUUUAUACACUUUUAUGGUCCAACCUAUGCCGACAGCAACAUUUUUAAUCUAGAUGACUACAAAUCGCUGUUAGAAGAUUCUAACUUCUCUAAAACAAAGAAUACAGCUCUGUAUAUACACGGUUAUCUCGAGGACGCAGACUUUGAGAGUAUACAUGUGAUUGUGGAUGCGUAUCUCCAACGAAGCAAUGUCAAUCUAAUUAUAUUGGAUUGGGGUGAAUUAGCUAAUGGCAAUUAUAUGUUUGACGCUGUGGUCAAUUGUAAACAGCUUGCGUCUGUUUUGGCAAGAAACUUAAUUUCCAUGUUUGAGAUGGGCUUGGACAUAGACAAAUUCCAUAUAAUAGGUCAUUCUCUAGGCGGACAAAUGGCCGGCAUAAUUGGACGAGAAGUGUACAGGCGUAACGGCAAAACGAAAAAACUUCCCAGGCUUUCAGCUUUAGAUCCUGCAUUUCCUUUAUUUUAUGGAACGUUUUCGUAUCAUUUGAGUAAAGAUGAUGCCGAAUUCGUUGAUGUAAUCCACACUGAUGCUUGGAUAUACGGAGCUCCAGUGAGUACUGGGACUGCAGAUUUUUGGCCCAAUGGUGGUACGACAUUACAACCAGGCUGCCCGAAAAGAAAUUAUAAACUUCUUUCCGAUAACGAUUUAUCUAGUCAUCGUCGAUCUUGGUGGUUUUGGGCCGAAAGCGUCAAGAAGGAAUUCUCAAACCAUUUUUAUGCUGUUAAGGCAAAGAACUGGGCCGAUUUUAAAAAUGGCAAAUACGUCGAUAAUGAAGAGCAGCGUGUUGUGAUGGGUCAUGACUGCCCCACAAACAUAACUGGAGACUACUAUUUACAAACUAAUGGCGUACAACCAUACGCAAGAGAUAUAGCUGGCAUAACCUAUGUUCAUCCUGCAAAACUGGUUGGAAACAGUACCACGGAGAAUGAAGACGUUGAGCCGUCGAAAACAUAAUACUUAGAUCUUCUGCUAGUAUUAGUAUAUGUUCAACAAUUCUUAUUUUGUAUAAAAUCGUGUAAAUAUUUUAAUGUGUAUCAUUUAAUAACAUUUUGUAUCAUUUAAUAAUAUGUUUGUAUGAAUGUACAUGUAUACAUAUGUACUUAAAUUCCGGCAUAACUUUUUAUAAAAAUCCAACGGUUUUCAGAAUUCAAAAGAUCUAAAAA